AAGACAAACGUCAGUGUUGAUUGCCACUCAUAUCAGGAAGAGAAGAAAUGUGCCCAAUAAUAGAUGCGGAUUCUUUCACGGAUGAGCAGAUCAAGAAAAUGGACACAGAGACGAUCAAGAGAUACUUGUUCCAAAGUGCCAUGCGGAGCAAGUGGGAAGCAGUUGUUAGAAUCUAUAGGCUCAACAAGAAUGCUCACGGGGCAAUAAUCACCAAGUCAGGUGACACAGCACUACACCUAGCAGUAUCUGACGGCCAAGAAAAACAUGUUAAAGAGCUAGUAGAUCUGAUUGAAGUAAAGGAGCUUGAAAUUCAAAACAAGCAAGGGAAUACCCCUCUCCACAUCGCGGCAUGGAUGGGAAACGAGACAAUGUGUUCGUGCCUUGCCAACGCUCAUCCAUCCUUGGUCACUACUUUUAAUGUAGAUAAUGAGACUCCUCUAUUCUUGGCUGCUGUCUAUGGUAAAAAAGAUGCCUUCUUAUGCAUGCACUACAUUUAUAACCCUACCCCUGGUGAGGUUCCUCGGAAAUGCUACAAUUAUUGUCGGAGGAAUAACGGUGAUACCAUCUUGCAUUGUGCAAUUUCCGGGGACCACUUUGAUUUGGCAUUUCAGAUAAUUCACUUGUAUAAAGAUCUUGUGAAUUUUGUCAAUGCGCAAGGCUUUUCCCCUCUCCAUCUUCUGGCUACCAAGCCUUCUGCCUUCAAAAGCGGGAGCCACCUCAGCCGAUUCCAAGAAAUUAUUUACCACUGUAUAUAUGUUGAUGAGCUCAAGGCGGAGCAAAGGAAACGAUCUAAUGAGCGGAUAAUUAAGACAUUCAAAGAGGAAGAGAAUCCCAAACAUCCAGAAAACUACCAGACAUGCAUCAACUUCCUUAGGUUGUUCAGGAAAGCAAUUCGCCUUGUUACCAAAAACGAAGACAAUCAGAGAGAAGAAACACAAUCAGCAGAGACAGGGAAACCCCAAGCACCUAAUAGUACUCACACGACUAACACCAUCGAUCAGAGAGGAGAGAUAAAAUCAGCAGAUCCAGAGAACCCUAUAGAACCUAAUAAGCAAACUCUCAACACUUCAAAUCCAGGGUCGAAAUCCAAUGGUGAGCAAGGUCAAGGACACAAAAAGUUUCCCGGAAACUACAACACCUGCUUUGAGUUUGUCAAGCUUAUAUCAAAGGCACUGCUGAUUGUUCUUGGCUUAGGGUCUACGGAGAUAAGAAAGACAAGGGAAAAGAAAGAAAAACACAAAUGGUCUGUUCAGAUCAUGACCGAACUCUUAGCACGAGCUGUCAUAUAUGAGUAUGAAGACAGUGGUAUGAUUCCGCACGUCACCGCACCACCUUCCCAGAAAGAAAAAGACAAUGAUGAGACCACACCUUAUAACAUUGCUGAUGGCGGCGCCGUCCUUAUGCCCUCCGAUAGCGCCCUCGAUGUCCCUAUUCCUCAACAGGAGGCUGAGCAGCCAAAGAAUGGUAGAGAAAAAACCCCAGAAGGGUCAAAAUCCACUGUUGAUCAAGGUCAAGGAGACCAAAAGAUUCCCGUAAACUACAACACCUGCUCUGAGUUUGUGAAGCUUUUAUCAAAGGAAAUGCUGAUUGCUCUUGGCUUAGGGUCCUCAGCAGAUAAAAAGACGGAGAAUAUAACCCCAAGCGUAAACACGGAAACGCCAAUACUGAUUGCUGCAAGAAAUGGGGUGACUGAAAUGGUGGACAAGAUCCUUGAACUUUUUCCAGUGGCAAUACACGAUGUGAACAAAGAGAAAAAGAAUAUAGUGUUGCUGGCAGUAGAAUACAGGCAACCCCAUGUGUACAUGCUCUUGCUGAAAAGAAAUAUCCUGAAAGAAAGCGUGUUCAGUAAAGUGGAUCAUGAAGGGAAUAGUGCAUUACAUCUAGCAGGAAAGUUGGGAGAACAUAAGCCUUGGCUAAUUCCUGGAGCUGCGCUGCAAAUGCAAUGGGAAAUCAAAUGGUAUGAGUUUGUAAAAACCUCCAUGCCACUACACUUCUUUGCCCGCCAUAACGAGAAGGGCAGGACAGCAAAGGAAAUCUUCACCGAAACCCACACCACAAUCGUCAAGGCCGGAGGGGAGUGGCUGACCAACACCUCCGAGUCCUGCUCUGUCGUGGCUGCCCUCAUUGCCACCGUUGCCUUCGCCACCUCAACCACCGUCCCCGGCGGCAUCAAAGAAGAAAGCGGAACACCAACCUUAGAAAACCAGCCAGCUUUCGACAUCUUUGCCAUUGCCUCCCUGGUUGCCCUCUGCUUCUCCGUCACGGCCAUGGUCAUGUUCCUAGCCAUCUUAACGUCCCGGUACCAAGAGAAGGACUUCGGUAAGGACCUGCCAAGAAAGCUUUUGGUAGGGCUCACGUCACUGUUCGUGUCAAUAGCUUCCAUGUUGGUUUCGUUUUGUGCCGGACAUUUUUUCGUGCUUAAAGAUAAGCUCAAAUACGCUGCAUUUCCGGUUUACGCAAUCACUUGUUUGCCAGUAACGUUUUUUGCCAUGGCGCAGUUUCCACUGUACGUUGAUCUGAUUUGGGCUACUUAUAAGAAGGUACCACAACGGAGCUACAGGAUAACUCCUCUUUAAUUACAACUUCAAGAGCCGCUAUUUACAUGGGGAGGUAAACUUGAGUUACAAAAACAUGGAUACUUUGAUUUCAAUUUGCAUGUUUUGCUUUAGUUGUCAAUUGGUUGGAAUUUGUGCUUCGUAUACUUUGUUUGACAUUCAUCAGUCAAUUCAGUUUUUAUAUUUUAUUAUUCUUAAGUUGCGUCACGUUUUAAGUCAUUUUGUAAUUUUUUUUUCUACGAGUGGAGUUAUAUUUUCUUUUCCAUUGUCAUGUAAUUUUUUCUUCCUAAUCAUAUGAUUUCUGUAACGUAAGAGGUUGAACAAUUGAGGUUUAUAAGUGAAAUACAGUGAUCUUUGUAUGCUCAUCCACCAAAGCAAGGAUAUACUUUGUUUUACACCGAUUCGUAAAUUAAGGAAGAUAUACCCUCUUCUUUUCUUUUCUUUUCU